AUGCCGGUCGGUUUCCGUAUUCAAGCAGUUCCCCUGGUCUGCGUUUCCGUGGCGGCCUUCGAGGACUGGCUGGCGGCGAUCGCUCGAGGAAGCUCUUGGGUGUCCACUGCGGAUCUGAAACGUGCGAAGCGAUAUGUGGCCGACGCCAGCUUUGGAGGUCCUCCCGCCGACGUCGGUGCGGCGUAA